CUUUUCUUGUUACUCACUAAAUUUGGUUUUGAAGCAUAGCAUACAAAAGAAAGAUCAUCAAAUAUCUUGUGCCCACCAUUAGAAAGCUAAAGUUGAGAGCACAAGGAUGCCAAAUUGGCUUGAACUUCCAAUUGACUUGACGAAAAACAUACUCCAAAGACUUGAUACCGUUGAAAUUGUGACAAGUGCACGCAAUGUUUGUUCUCUGUGGUGGAACAUUUGCAAGGACCCUCUAAUGUGGCGCGGCCGGCGUACCAUAAACAUGAGUGGUUACCAAACUCGUCAAUUUGAUUUUUCUUGUUUGGAGAAGAUUUGUCGAUGUGCCAUUGACCUAAGUUGCGGUCAUUUGGAAGACAUUGAUAUAUCGUUAUUUGGGACUGAUGACCUCCUCAGAUAUAUGGCUCACAGGGCAAGUUACAUACGUCGGUUACGGCUUUUUCGCUGCCGUGAAAUUUCAAAUAAAGGGUUUAGUGAAUUUGUGAAGAAGUUUUCACUAUUAGAGGAUCUUGACAUUUCAUUUAACAACCUAACUAAGGAUACUGUUGAAGUUAUUGGUCAAUGUUGUCCUCUUUUGAAGUCACUAAAUCUUGAGAAGAUACGGUCCUCUGAUUGCUAUUUUAUUGAUCAGGUGUGCGCUAUUGCAAAAACAAUGCCCGGGUUACGCCAUCUUAAACUUACCAGAAUUGUGCUUCCCAAUACUACAUUGAUUGCCAUUCUUGAGGGUUGCCCUCUUCUUGAGUCUCUUGAUGUGAAGGAGUGUCAUCGCCUUUAUGUGAGUCGAAGUUUGAAAAAAUGGUGCCAUGAGAAAAUCAAAGAUUUACAACUUCCAGAUUCCUAUGUAGAUGACAGAUAUGUUAUAUUUGAUCAUGAUGAUGAUUUAGCUAAUGCGGACACUCGAAGAUACAUAUGAUAAAGAUUAUCAUUGAUGAGUCUCAAAUAUUGAUGAUAUUGCUUUAAUGUAAUUUUGUUGAUGACAUCUGAAAGUUUAGUAUUUUAUCUUGAGUGUGAUGAAUUUGAAUUUCUUAAGACUUUGUUUUCAAGCAUGGUUUACAUUUUUAUUCAUCAGGUUAUCUUUUUAAGUUUUGUUACUUAAUGAUUUUGAAUGUGGUUUUUGAUUUCGCUUUAGUUUGAAAACACAAAUGCUUGAUUGUUAACUAAAUCAAGAACUUGA